AUGGAAUAUGAUUUAGAAAAUAUAUGCAGAGUGUGUUUAUCCGAAGGUGUUAUGAUGUCUAUAUUCAAAGUAAAUAUAUCAAAAAAGAUAAUGGCAUGUUCAACUGUUCAGGUUUGGCAAAAUGAUGGUUUACCUUCUCAAAUAUGCAACAAAUGCGUAGCAAAAUUGCACAUAGCAUUUCAGUUUAAGAAACAGUGCGAAAAAUCUGAUGCAAAAUUACGUUUAUACAUUAAUAAUAGCAAUAAUUCAAAUAACUCAAAUGAAAAUAAAGUUCAAAUGGAAAUAAAGCCGAUAAUACAAACGCCAUCUACCGAAAAUUGUGAUAAUAAUCAAGUAUAUAAUGAAUGCCCUCAAAAUAUUGAAUUACAAUCGAAUAUAAAUAUUGAGCCAAGGUCGGAUACUCUUUCCGUUGAACCACAACAAUGCCGAUAUACUAACCCACAGACUGUCAGUAGUUCUCCACAAAUUGUUCCACAAAUUAGUUAUACCACCUCAAACAUGAAUAUCGCUGUUCAGCCGCAGAAUCAUAUACAUUUGCAUACAUAUAAUAUUCAGACAAUGGGACAUGUACAGUUUCCAUCGAUGUAUAAUGUUCCUACACUAGGCGUCAAUCAAGUUCAAAUCUCACAAAGUGGAAACAACAUUUUACAGCCAUCAUUGGUUACACAAUUACCGCCGACUCAAAUUCAAAAUUCACAAGUUCCGAUUUUACAAAAUGAACAACCAAUUCCACAACAAACUCAAAUAGAGGUUAUCAAUCCGAAAGAAGAAUUAGAAGAAAAGGUUAACAUAAAAAAGAAAAACAAGUCACCUCGUAGUAUAUCAAAAGGGAAUACUCAGUGUGAAACUUGUGGAAAAACAUUUCCAACGGCUACAAAAUGUGCAAGGCACAUGAAAACACAUUCCAGUAAUAUGCCAUACAAGUGUAAAUUAUGUAACCGUGCUUUUGCGCAUAGUGGGAAUUACAAAAUACAUUUACGUAUGCACACAGGAGAAUUACCGUUUAAGUGUACAGUAUGUAACAAAGGUUGUAGGCAACAACAAGAUUUAGAAAAACAUAUGCGAACGCAUACCGGAGAGCGUCCUCAUCAAUGUCAAAUGUGUCCUAGAGCAUUUUCUACAAGUAGUAAUUUAAUAGCGCAUGUAAGAACUCAUACUGGAGAAAAACCUUACGUGUGUUGUGUUUGUCAAAAAGCAUUUUGUCAAUCAAAUGAGUUAACGAAACAUAUGAGGACUCAUACAGGUGAAAAAAGUCAUGCAUGUUUAGUGUGCCAUAAAGAAUUUAAUGGAUCCAGUACGUUAAUUGUUCAUAUGCGUACUCACACGGGGGAACGGCCAUACGUAUGCCCAACAUGCAACAAAGGCUUUGCACAAUCAAGUUGUUUAAGUAUACAUAUGAAACGUCAUUUAGGUGAGAAAAAUUACCAUUGUAGCGAAUGUAAUCGUUCCUUUGUUGUAAGUGGGGAUUUAAAAGAGCAUGCGAUUACACAUGCUAAAGACAAACCAUUUGUGUGUAAUUAUUGUGAGAAACGUUUUGUGCGUUUAAAUGAUUUACACAAACAUAUUAAAGUAUUUCAUAAGGCAACUUCAUCGGAUUAAAAUUUUUGUAAUUUGAGUCUACAUAUUCGUGAAAAGUAUGCGACAAUUAAAAGGAAAAACUGUUAAAGAUAAUAAUGAAGUAAGUGAAACGUCAUUGAUCACAGAAUAUAGUUAAAAGCGCUUAAACUGAAGGGUGAAUUGUACAAUAUUGUCAAACUAUAAUAAUAGUAAUGCAUUUUCAGUAAUGAAUGCAUGGUUAGUCUAAUAGUUACAUAAAAUAAUAAUGAAUUACUGAUAAAAAAGGCUAUUUGGCAGUAUCAAAAACAUUGUCGUAAUUAAUGCUACUUGUAU